GAAUUUUGAUUCUUCUUCUUCUUCUUCUCCUCCGUUUCUUUCGCUUCUUCGUCACCUUCUUCAUCUUCACAUUUUGUCAUAACUUCCCAAUUCCUAUUCCCCCGAUCUAAGGUUGUUUUUGAACGUUGAAGAUCUGAGAAUUCAAAGCGCUGAUAUUAUAAUGAUGAUGAUUCCAUUCUUGUAAAACGCAGCGUUUUGAAGAUAAAAAAAAAUCAUCAUGUCUUCGUAUACUCCAAAGAACAUUCUCAUCACCGGAGCAGCUGGUUUCAUCGCAUCACAUGUCGCCAACAGACUCAUACGGACCUAUCCUCAUUACAAAAUCGUUGUCCUUGACAAACUCGAUUACUGUUCAAACCUCAAGAACCUCAACCCUUCUAGGCACUCUCCCAAUUUCAAGUUUGUCAAAGGUGACAUCGCCAGUGCUGACUUGGUCAAUCAUCUCCUCAUCACUGAAGGUAUCGACACCAUCAUGCACUUCGCUGCCCAGACCCAUGUCGACAAUUCCUUCGGUAACAGUUUCGAGUUUACUAAGAACAACAUCUAUGGGACUCAUGUCCUUCUUGAGGCUUGUAAAGUCACUGGUCAGAUUACGAGGUUUAUUCAUGUCAGUACUGACGAAGUUUAUGGUGAGACUGAUGAGGAUGCUCUUGUUGGUAACCAUGAGGCUUCUCAGCUGCUUCCCACCAAUCCUUACUCUGCUACCAAAGCUGGUGCCGAGAUGCUUGUUAUGGCUUAUGGUAGAUCUUAUGGCUUGCCUGUUAUUACCACGCGUGGGAACAACGUCUAUGGACCCAAUCAGUUUCCUGAGAAGUUGAUUCCCAAGUUCAUGUUGCUGGCUAUGAGAGGGCAAGUUCUUCCCAUUCAUGGGGAUGGAUCAAACGUUAGGAGCUACCUUUACUGUGAAGACGUUGCUGAGGCUUUUGAAGUUGUUCUUCACAAGGGAGAAGUUGGCCAUGUUUACAAUAUUGGGACCAAGAAGGAGAGGAGAGUGAAUGAUGUUGCCACUGAUAUCUGUAAACUCUUCAACAUGGACCCUGAGGCAAACAUCAAGUUUGUCGACAACAGACCUUUCAACGACCAGAGGUACUUCCUUGACGAUGAGAAGCUCAAAAAGUUGGGAUGGUCUGAGAGGACCACGUGGGAGGAAGGAUUGAAGAAAACUAUGGAUUGGUACACACAGAACCCGGAAUGGUGGGGAGAUGUGUCUGGAGCGUUGCUUCCUCAUCCAAGGAUGCUGAUGAUGCCUGGUGGGAGACACUUUGAUGGCUCCGAGGACAAUUCUUUGGCAGCUACUUUAUCUGAAAAGCCAAGUCAAACCCAUAUGGUGGUUCCAAGCCCAAGGAGCAGCAGCGGCACACCGCAAAAGCCUUCCCUCAAGUUCUUGAUAUAUGGAAGGACCGGGUGGAUUGGUGGUCUGCUUGGAAAGAUAUGUGAGAAGCAAGGAAUUGCUUACGAGUAUGGGAAAGGACGGUUGGAGGAUCGAUCAUCCCUUUUGCAGGAUAUUCUGACCGUUAAGCCAACCCAUGUUUUCAAUUCCGCUGGUGUGACUGGGAGACCCAAUGUUGACUGGUGUGAGUCUCACAAGACCGAGACUAUCCGUGCCAAUGUCGCUGGCACGUUGACUCUAGCUGAUGUCUGCAGAGAGCACGGACUCCUCAUGAUGAACUUCGCUACUGGUUGUAUAUUCGAAUAUGAUGACAAGCAUCCGGAAGGUUCAGGAAUUGGCUUCAAAGAGGAAGACACACCCAACUUCACUGGUUCCUUCUACUCAAAAACCAAAGCCAUGGUUGAGGAACUGCUAAAGGAGUUUGACAACGUUUGCACUUUGAGAGUAAGGAUGCCGAUAUCCUCAGAUCUUAACAACCCGCGGAACUUCAUCACCAAGAUCUCCAGGUACAACAAAGUAGUGAACAUCCCAAACAGCAUGACUGUGUUGGACGAGCUUUUACCAAUCUCCAUUGAGAUGGCUAAAAGAAACUUGAGAGGAAUCUGGAACUUCACAAACCCAGGUGUGGUGAGUCACAACGAGAUCCUAGAGAUGUACAGAGACUACAUCAACCCUGAAUUCAAAUGGGCAAACUUCACACUAGAGGAGCAAGCUAAAGUUAUCGUGGCUCCAAGAAGCAACAACGAGAUGGACGCUUCUAAGCUCAAGAAAGAGUUCCCUGAGCUACUCUCUAUUAAGGAGUCUCUGAUUAAGUAUGCAUUCGAGCCAAACAAGAAAACCUGAAGAGUCAAGGAUUGUGAUUCGUCAUUAGAUUAAUCACCUCUAAUAUCAGUUUCUAUUAUAUUUGUUUUUGUGUUAUUGUUUAAUUUACCUUAUCAUUCCCCUUCCUUCACUAGAUUUGCUUAUCCUUCACUAGAUUUGCUUAUGUAAUAAGAGCUUGUUGUAAUAUUUCUCUAUUGUGUUCUUGUUCUCAUU